AUGCGACUAUUAGCUGUAGAAUUUGGGCACGACCUUAAUAGUCCCGAAAACGAAUACAUACUUCAACGCGAUUUGAACUUGGAACAAAAGUAUGACCUAGGAGAUUAUUCACAGGCGGUAGAUGGAGUUUACUUCAACGGAAUGUCCAAAGAAGGUGCUGCAGUUGUAUGUGGUUUAGCGCGUAGGCCUAAACAUUGCUGCGACGCUUUCUUAUAUCUAAAGGUGGAUAAUGAGGAUCUUCUCCUGUCUCCAAAUCUUUCGGAUACUCAUCUCGAACAAAACACUUCAGAACAGGGGGAAUACAGAGUACAAGGGAUCACGAUUAAAAACUUUAUGCCUAUGCGGGCUUGGACUCUGUCAUACAAUGGCGAAAUGAAGUCCAGAUCAAACCCAGAGAAACGAGUAAAAGUGGAAGUAGCAUUGACUUGGAGCGCGUAUUGGACGCCAUACGAGUACGACACGCACAUGCCUCCGAGUAGCAUCGCUGACGUUAUGGCCCGUGAACCCUGGUCCUCUGAUUACUUUAGGUUGCUUAAAAAAUUACAUCAAACACACUAUGAACAAAUGGGAUUUAUUAAAGGAACUGCUAUCAUUGACGGGAAAGUACAUUUACUAAACAUGCCGUGCUUAAGAGAUCGCAGCUUUGGUCCUUUACGAGAUUGGCGAAAUUUCCACCGAUAUGUCUAUCACUUUAUUUUUCUUGAAAAUGGCGACUGCAUGGCUGUCGGUACGGUAUCAGAGCCGACUGUUCUCUCUCAUUUAACCAUUGGAUAUGUUUGCCGCAAGAUCGAUAAGGCAGUUUUAUCAGUUGAUUCUAGUGACUUCCAAUUGUAUCAACAUGGAGAGAACCAAAUUCUGCCGAAAGAUUACGGAUUCGUUUUUAAAUCUGGUGGCCAAUCGUAUGCUGCAAAGGUAAUGGUUAACGAUGAAGACGUAUUUUAUAUUGGCAAAGAAAGAGAAGCGAAAUUUUACGAGAGAUGGUGUUCUGUUGAAGUGAACGGCGUGAAAGGCUGGGCUUGUGUAGAGUGGCAUUAUAAUAAUGUUCAAAACAGAAAUAAAAAAUAG